AUGGAUUUCAAAGAAAAUAAGGAAGACAUAAACUUGGAAGAAACACAAAAAUGUAUUUCGUCUUUUUUAUCAACGAAGCUUUUUUUACAUUCUCAAAAACAUGAUUAUAUUAGAAAAACAAGUUCGACGAAUACAGGACCAACUCUUACACCACAGCAAAACACAGAAGAUAUAUCGGGUCUUCAAAAUGAAGUGAUUGAGAGGGAUAUUCCGGAUCCAAAUGUAGUCGAGUCUGACUUGAAAUAUUUCAAAGAACUUUUUUCAAAACUAAAGUUCUCCUACAUUGAGCAGGAAACGAAAGAACGAUAUCUUCGAGCAAUUUUGGACGAUCCCAUUUUGGUUGUUGAACACAAGGAUAAUAUUGAGCUGGAAAAAAAAAACAUGGAACUCAAAUCCCAUUUGAAAAAUAGAAAGGAAAAUGUCGAUGAAACAUGCAAAGAACUCGAGCAAAUAAUCUCAAGAGUUUGCAAUGAUUAUGAAACUACAAUUCAACAAGCAGUUGAAGCAGAUCAUAUGUUGAAAGAAAUUGAAAAAAUGGAAGCAGAAAUCAAAGAAUUGAAAGAUAGUGAAAAAAAUCAAGAACAGAAUCUUCCUCUUAAAGAUUCUCUUUCUUUACUAUCGACUCAAACUAAAAAGUCUUCUACAUUAAAAAAAGAUAUAGACCAAUUUCAAGCUAUUUAUGAAUGCAAAAAAAAACAAUUAAAAGAAACCAUUGAUGAGGUGAAAAAGCGUGAAAACGAGAAACAGCACUGUGAAGCUUUUGCCAAAGAAGCCAUUCAUACUAGACAACUUUCUACUAUGAACAAAAAAUACAGGAAAGAACACUCUGGCUUAUGGUAUCAGUCUCUCCUGGAUCUCCAGACAACUCUACUUCAAAUAAAGAAUCUCCGGCAUGACAAUUCUCAAGAGUGCAUUGAUUUUACAUUAAAGACACGUAAAGGACAUCUUCCAAUCCGUCUUUUUUUCAAAGAUGGCCGAUUCCAUGAUGCCUAUGUCGACCUUGCCAUUGAUAUUAAAAAAGCACUUUCUCAAGCAAAACAGUACAAUAAUCCACUCUUUUUCAUAAAUACAAUCUUAUUUGAAACCUAA